AUGAAGUUAAAACUCAAUCUACGGGACACUGACUUGGCUCAUAGAUUCUGUGUCAGUCGACCAACAAUUUCGAACAUCUCUCAUACCCUUGUUCAUGCACUACACAAGAUGCUGUCUGAUGCCGUAGUCAAUGAAUGUUUUCCAAGUCAGCUUAAAUGCAAAGGGUCUCAGUGCCAAAAUAUUUUUGAGGAUUUUUCCUCUGCUAGAGCAUCCAUGGAUGCAAUUGAAACAACCCAGGACAUCCCAACACAUAUGGACAAUCAGGCCAUGGCCUACAGUAUGUACAAAAGUCGCCAUACUGUUAAAGCAGUAACUUGCGUGGCUCCAAACGGUGCACUUGCAUUUUGCUCCAUGCUGUACCCAGGUUCUACUUCUGAUGUAGCUAUUGUACGUCACAGCCAAGUUUUACGAAAGUUCAAAGCUGGAGACCUUAUUUUGGCGGACAAAGGUUUCACCAUUCAUGACCAGUUGCCCCAAGGUGUCUGCUUAAAUAUACCAGCUUUUUUAUCGACAUGA